UUCCACAUACAGGAAGAGAGUUUUUUUCUUUCGCUGCAACUUCCGGGUUUCCCUCGAGCGGGAGUCAGUCGUCCGGCAACAGGAGUCGGAGUAUAUAGAGGAACACAGGGGUCUGUACAAGGAAGUGAUGAUGGAGAAUCACCAGCCCCUCACAUCACUGGGUAAGAGGAGACUGUCAUGUAUUGUACAGAGGAGAGCAGAUGGACCCAGUAACAGAGAUACCCCAGAGAGAUGUCCCUGUCCUCUGUAUUCCCAGGAGUGUACAGAGGAGAAUCACAGGAUCCCACAGGAGCAUCAGGGUGAGCACCUUUCCGAUGUGAAGUCCAAAGAUAUAGAGGGAGAAGAAGGGACGUAUGUGACUGAUAUGAAGGCAGAAGAUACAGAGGGAGAAGAAGAGACGUAUGUGAUUGAUAUGAAGGCAGAAGGUGUAGAGGGAGAAGAAGAGACAUAUGUGACUGAUAUGAAGGCAGAAGAUAUAGAGGGAGAAGAAGAGACGUAUGUGACUGAUAUGAAGGCAGAAGAUACAGAGGGAGAAGAAGAGACGUAUGUGACUGAUAUGAAGGCAGAAGAUAUAGAGGGAGAAGAAGAGACGUAUGUGACUGAUAUGAAGGCAGAAGAUACAGAGGGAGAAGAAGAGACGUAUGUGACUGAUAUGAAGGCAGAAGAUACAGAGGGAGAAGAUGAAACAUGUGUGAUUGAUAUGAAGGCAGAAGAUGUAGAGGGAGAAAAAGAGACAUAUGUGACUGAUAUGAAGGCAGAAGAUAUAGAGGGAGAAGAAGAGACGUAUGUGACUGAUAUGAAGGCAGAAGAUACAGAGGGAGAAGAAGAGACGUAUGUGACUGAUAUGAAGGCAGAAGAUACAGAGGAAGAAGAGACGUAUGUGAGGGGAGAUCAGAAGUGUAAGGAGGAUGAAAUCCCUACAGAUAUCAGCACUGCAGAUGAAGGCACAAGCAGGAAUUCCUUGGAGGGAGAUCUCAUCUUGUCUGCAGAUAGUAAAAUAGAAGAUAACCUCACACAGGAUUCUACAGGAGACAUCCCCAUUAAUCUAAUUAUACAUCCAGUACCUCACAGUGCUGAUACUUCAUCUGAUCCCUUUAAUCGCGAUGACUGUUCAUCUAAUACCUCAGAUUUUGGUACACAUCGUGCAGCUCAUACACGUUAUAAAAUAUUUCCCUGUUCUGAGUGUGAAUCACGUCUUGUUACACAUCAGAAAAGUCACACAGGUGAGAAACCAUUUCCAUGCUCUGAGUGCGAGAAAAGUUUUACACACAAAUCAAAGCUUCUUACACAUCAGAGAAGUCACACAGGUGAGAAGCCAUUUCCAUGCUCUGGGUGUGGGAAAAGUCUUGCAGGCAAAUCACAGCUUGUUAUACAUCAGAGAAGUCACACAGGUGUGAAACCAUUUCCAUGCUCUGAGUGUGGGAAAAGUUUUGCAAGCAAAUCACAGCUUGUUAUACAUCAGAGAAGUCACACAGGUGAGAAACCAUUUCCAUGCUCUGAGUGUGGGAAAAGUUUUGCACUCAAAUCACUGCUUGUUAUACAUCAGAGACAUCACACAGGUGAGAAGCCAUUUCCAUGCUCUGAGUGUGGGAAAAGUUUUGCACUCAAAUCACGGCUUCUUACACAUCAGAGAAUUCACACUGGUGAGAAGCCAUUUCCAUGCUCUGAGUGUGGGAAAAGUUUUAAACAUAAAUCACAGCUUCUUAUACAUCCGAGAAGUCACACAGGUGAGAAACCAUUUCCAUGCUCUGAGUGUGGGAAAAGUUGUGCAGGCAAAUCACAGCUUGUUAUACAUCAGAGAAGUCACACAGGUGAGAAACCAUUUAUAUGCUCUGAGUGUGGGAAAAGUUUUCCACUCAAAUCACAGCUUGUUAUACAUCAAAAAAGUCACACAGGUCAGAAACUAUUUCCAUGCUCUGAGUGUGGGAAAAGUUUUAUACUCAAAUCACAGCUUGUUAUACAUCAAAAAAGUCACACAGGUGUGAAACCAUUUCCAUGCUCUGAGUGUGAGAGAUGUUUUCUGCGUAAAGCAGAACUUGUUAUACAUCAGAGACAUCACACAGGUGAGAAACCAUUUCCAUGCUCUGAGUGUGGGAAAAGUUUUGCAGGCAAAUCACAGCUUGUUAUACAUCAGAGAAGUCACACAGGUGAGAAACCAUUUCCAUGCUCUGAGUGUGGGAAAAGUUUUAAACACAAAUCACAGCUUGUUAUACAUCAGAGAAGUCACACAGGUGUGAAACCAUUUCCAUGCUCUGAGUGUGGGAAAAGUUUUGCAAGCAAAUCACAGCUUAUUAUACAUCAGAGAAGUCACACAGGUGAGAAACCAUUUCGAUGCUCUGAGUGUGGGAAAAGUUUUAAACACAAAUCACAGCUUGUUAUACAUCAGAGAAGUCACACAGGUGUGAAACCAUUUCCAUGCUCUGAGUGUGGGAAAAGUUUUGCAAGUAAAUCACAGCUUAUUAUACAUCAGAGAAGUCACACAGGUGAGAAACCAUUUCCAUGCUCUGAGUGUGGGAAAAGUUUUAUACACAAAUCACAGCUUCUUAUACAUCAGAGAAGUCACACAGGUGAGAAACCAUUUACAUGCUCUGAGUGUGGGAAAAGUUUUAUACACAAAUCACAGCUUGUUAUACAUCAGAGAAGUCACACAGGUGAGAACCCAUUUCCAUGCUCUGAGUGUGGGAAAAGUUGUGCAGGCAAAUCACAGCUUGUUACACAUCAGAGAAGUCACACAGGUGAGAACCCAUUUCCAUGCUCUGAGUGUGGGAAAAGUUUUCCACUCAAAUCACAGCUUGUUAUACAUCAGAGAAGUCACACAGGUGAGAAACCAUUUCCAUGCUCUGAUUGUGGGAAAAGUUUUAUACUCAAAUCACAGCUUGUUAUACAUCAGAGAAGUCACACAGGUGAGAAACCAUUUUCAUGCUCUGAGUGUGGGAAAAGUUUUGCACGCAAAUCACAGCUUGUUAUACAUCAGAGAAGUCACACAGGUGAGAAACCAUUUCCAUGCUCUGAGUGUGCGAAAAGUUUUGCACACAAAUCACAUCUUGUUAGACAUCGGAGAAGUCACGCAGGUGAGAAAGCAUUUCCAUGCUCUCAGUGUGGGAAAAGUUUUCCACUCAAAUCACAUCUUGCUAGACAUCAGAUAAGUCACACAGGUGCAAACCCAUUUCCAUGCUCUGAGUGUGAGAAAAGUUUUCCAUUCAAAUCACGGCUUGUUACACAUCUGAGAAGUCACACAGGUGAGAAACCAUUUCCUUGCUCUGAGUGUGGGAUACGUUUUCCACUCAAAUCACAGCUUGUUAUACAUCAGAGAAGUCACACAGGUGAGAAGCCAUUUCCAUGCUCUGAGUGUGAGAAAUGUUUUCUGUGUAAAGCAGAACUUGUUAGACAUCAGAGACAUCACACAGGUGAGAAACCAUUUCCUUGCUCUGAGUGUGGGAAAGGUUUUGCACACAAAUCACAGCUUCUUAUCCAUCAGAGAACUCACACAGGUGAGAAACCAUUUAUAUGCUCUGAGUGUGGGAAAAGUUUUUCACACAAAUCACAGCUUAUUACACAUCAGAGAAAUCACACAGGUGAGAAACCAUUUCCAUGCUCUGAGUGUGGGAAAACUUUUUCACUCAAAUCACAGCUUGUUAUUCACCAGAGAACUCACACAGGUGAGAAACCAUUUAUAUGCUCUGAGUGUGGGAAAUGUUUUUCACACAAAUCACAGCUUAUUACACAUCAGAGAAGUCACACAGGUGAGAAACCAUUUCCAUGCUCUGAGUGUGGGAAAACUUUUUCACUCAAAUCACAGCUUGUUAUACAUCAGAGAAGCCACACAGGUGAGAAACCAUUUAUAUGCUCUGAGUGUGGGAAAAGUUUUACACUCAAAUCACAGCUUGUUAUACAUCAGAGAAGUCACACAGGUGAGAAACCAUUUUCAUGCUCUUAUUGUGGGAAAAGUUUUAUACUCAAAUCACAGCUUGUUAUACAUCAGAGAAGUCACACAGGUGAGAAACCAUUUUCAUGCUCUGAGUGUGGGAAAAGUUUUGCACGCAAAUCACAGCUUGUUAUACAUCAGAGAAGUCACACAGGUGAGAAACCAUUUCCAUGCUCUGAGUGUGCGAAAAGUUUUGCACACAAAUCACAUCUUGUUAGACAUCGGAGAAGUCACGCAGGUGAGAAAGCAUUUCCAUGCUCUCAGUGUGGGAAAUGUUUUUCAGGCAAAUCGUAUCUAGAUAAACAUCAGAAAUCACACGGGAAUAAAGCAUUCCUAUGAUCUGAUACACAACAGUGUUGUAGCAACACUCCAGUCACACAGUGACACUUUAAGUUACUGCAGAUAAUUGGAAUGUGUGUCUUUAAUAUAAGACUGAUAAAGAUGACUCAGAUGAAACUUACAGUAUUUCUUUAUUGCAGUAGACAGGACCAGACUGCCCAUCUGUCACCUCUGGCAUAUUCCAGAAGGGCUGGUGGGCUCGUCCGGUUCCACAGACAGAUGGGAAGGCCACACGCAGCCUCUAGCUCUCUGGUUUAGCUGCCCCACUGCUCAAAGUGUGCGUCUCCAUGGAAAUGGGGGCGUGGAUUUGCUGCACAUUCUUGUGCUUCGUGUUCUUGUGCCCUCCCCCCCCCCCGUGAUGUGCACUUGCAAGUUUACAAAUGCCCAAUCCAGAUAGGAGCCCCAGUUCGUCCCUGGCAGGAGAUAUCGGCACUUCUCUCCACAUCAAUAACAGACCAUCAUGUUAUAUAGGCGUCUAUGGGCCUAAUUCAAGGUUAAUCGCAAAGGAAAAUCUUCCUCUAAUUGGAAAAUCCAUGUGCACUGCAGGUGGGUCAGAUGUAAUAUGUGCAGAGAGAGUUAGAUUUAAGUGGGUUGUUUUCAAACAGAAAUCUAAACUGCAGUGUAAAAUUAAAGCAGCCAGUAUUUCUCUAGCAUCCAUAAGGGAUAUUGGGGACACAUUAGUACGAUGGGAAUAUAUGGGGUCCAAAGGAACCAGUGCACUUUAAAUUUCUUCAACUGGGUGUGCUGGCUCCUCCCCUCUAUGCCCCUCCUACAGGCAGUUUAGAAAAAAGUGCCCUCAGGAGAGGAUGCGCACUCUGCUAUAUCCAAAGUUUUUCCUAAUUUUAUUUUAAACUUUUGUUUAUUUCGGUAUGUUUGGGCAACAGCAUACCUGCGCCGUGGGAGUUGGGGGGGGGCGAUCACUGGCCUUGCGAGUUGCAGAACCGAUUCCCCGCUGCAAGACCACCGUCCUGAGGGGUUGUUCAGCGGGGUACUGCGCCUUUGCUGUCACAACCGCAGCACGCCGCACAUGCCUUACAGAUUUAUGAAGGUUAAUGUCGGGGGUGAGUAGAAACCGGGGGAGCCCUUCUAGGGGGGGUCCCCCGGUUCAUGGUGCUGCUUUCACAUGGGUGAGGCAUAAGGGUCCCUCCUGGGGGAUCCGCUAUAGCCCCUGUGUCAAAUUGGCUAGCGGUGAGCUGAACUAAGCAUUCAUGUAAGGUUACAGCAUGUUUUGGUGACAUGGCCAGUAUAAAUAUAAUCAGUAGCUCCGGCGCCAUUACAGGGGUCAGAGCUACAUCUGAGCGGGCUCCACUGCAUUUUGGUGCCUUCCUCUGCAGCAGCAGCCUCAUGCAGCUCCUCUGGACUCUGACACACGCUGGAUCACUGGUACUGGGUGUAGUUUAGGGGAUGAGCCGUUAUUUGUGCACAUUACUUAUUCCUAAAGAGGAAACCGUUGUAAACAAUCAGUUUUUGAUGAUUUAAAAACGCUGACAGCCUCACUGGGGCUCUCUGGCGUUGGUGUGCUGGUGCAUUCUCUUCCUCUCACAUGCAAUAGGGCAGGCUUGCAUUGAACAAUGGUCUGUGUUGUAUGUGUAUUGUUGUGUGUUACUUUUCAUCAUGGUAAACACAAGUUGCUGUAUGCAGUGUGUGUAACACCAGAUUUCCCCCACUCUGAGCUGGUUCCAUUUUAUGUGAGCAGUGUAGUCAGUCCUCACAGAACGUAGGGAGGGUCACGAGCCUUCCUGGCUGGGUGCAAUCAAAACUAUGAUGUCUGAUAUGUCAUCUCAGCUCACUGCAAAUGCCCACAAAACACAAGAACUGCAACAAGCAGUAGCAUAUCUAUCUGCCAUUGCUGAUGUUCCUUAUCCCUCUAUCUACUGCAGGUCCACAUAAACGUGCUUUACCUGCACUUCUAUCAGAUACGGAUGAUGAUAUACAGGAUGACGUUGAUUCCAUAAGUGGGGAUUCCACUCCUACACAGGAUAUUGAACCCCUCAUUUUAGCUAUAAGGGAUGUGCUGAAGCUCCCUCAAGACAAACUGGCUACACAUUUCUUGACUCUAAAGAAUUAGAUGAUUUAUUUAAGCUAGUCUGAAAAAAUCCAGAUAAGAAAUAUCAGGUGUCAAAAUGUUUUUUGCAUACAUUCCCCUUUGCCCAGGAGGGCAGAAAGUUCUGGGAAGAAUCUCCGGCUGUAGACGUCUGUCUCUCGCCUCUCUUAGAAGGCGGUACUCCCGGCUCCGGGCUCCUUUACAGCAAAGGACUCGGGGGAUAGAAAAAUUGAGACCACACUGAAAUCUAUCUACAUUGCUGCAGGUGUAUCUCAAAGACCGGUCAUUGCAGUACGGAUGGUGUAAUGGUUAGCAUUACUGCCUCACAGCACUGAGGUCAUGGGUUCAAUUCCCACCAUGGCCCUAACUGUGUGGAGUUUGUAUAUUCUCCCAGUACUCGCGUGGGUUUCCUCCCACAAUCCCAAAAAUAUACAUGUAGGUUAAUUGGCUCCCAACAAAAUUAAGCCUAAUGUGAAUGUGUGUGUGUGUGUGUACAUGUGGCAGGGAAUAUAGAUUGUAAGCACCACUGGGGCAGGGACUGAUGCGAAUGGCCAAAAUAUUCUCUGUAAAAGCGCUGUGGAAUAUGUGUGCGCUAUAUAAAAUAACUGGUAAUAAAUAUAAUACAUAAAUAAUUGCAGGUUGCUGGAUGACACAUGCAAUUCAUUCCUGGGCUACUCAAAUUCAGGAGGGUCUCUCGGGUGACAUCACCCUGGUUACUACGGUAACUUCCCUAAAACACAUUCAGGACAAGAGUUCUCUGUGACUCCAUAAAAGAGACUGGCAAUAUAAAUGCAAGGACCACUGCUAUGGAUUGCAGACGCUGACUCAAAACGCAAUGUGGAAUCUAUUCCCUUAACAGGUGAAUGGCUCUUUGGAGGCGAAUUGGGCGCAUGGAUCUCCAAAGUUACUGCUGGGAAAUCCACGUUUCUUCCCCCGGGGCUCCGCCUGCUAAACGUACCUACCCGGGACUGUCUACUCAGUCCUUUCACUCCACCAGAUUUCAAUCUAGGGCCAGAGGUAUGCAGCUAAAGGCACCAGAGGUAAACCUAAGAAAUCAGCCGUUGCUGGCUCUCAGAAACAGAGCACCAGUUCAGCUUCCGCAAAAUCCUCAGUAUGACGGUGCCCACCCACUCCGGGAGGAUCUCGAGGUGAGAGCUUGGUUACGUCACUUCAGCCACAUCUGGGAAAGUACCUGCCAGGGCACCUGGGUAAGGGACCUUUUUUCUCAGGGUUACAAGCUGGAGUUCGACGGUGCUCCUCCCCAACAAUUUUUCUAAUCCAGCAGUGGAAAAUAUGUGUGUUACGCUACUACUGGCUAUCACAAAGUUAGUCCAGUCCCAAGUCAUUGUUCCAGUACCCCUGCUACAGCAAGGAUAAGCUUACUACUCCAGUCUGUUCAUAGUGCCAUAACCAGACGGGUCUGUGAGGCCCAUUUUGAAUCUGAAGUCCUUGAAUCCUUACCUAAAGGUUUUCAGAUUCAAGAUGGAAACUUUGAGAGCAGUGAUCGCAGGCCUAGAACAACAGGAAUUCCUAGUGUCCCUGGUGGUCUGCCCAAGAGGCCCUACUUCCGAUCAACAUCCUGGAACUUUGGGCUAUCUACAAUGCUCUGAUUCAGUCCUCCCUUCUCCGGGAUCAGGCAAUUCAGGUACAGUUGGACAAUGCCACAGCUGUGGCGUACAUCAAUCGACAAGGAGGGACAAAAAACCGGGCCUGCAUGCGAGAAGUAUCAAGAAUACUCCUCUGGGCGGAAAGAAAUGCAAGAGCACUGCCUGCAAUAUUCAUUCCAGGAGUGGACAACUGGGAAGCAGACUUCCUGAGUCGCCAUGAUCUCCACCCAGGGGAGUGGGGCCAACACGCAGAGGCGUUACUUACUUGCAAAACACCUGGUUCAACCGAAGGUGAAAAGGGGCGUGACUUCGUGGCAGGUGCGUGGCUUCACGUCCUUACCCCGUUUUCGGCACAUUGUGUGGCCGGGGGACGCGUGCUUCCCCCGGAUACUGAUGCAUCUGCGGUGCUGGCUUCUGCACUGUGACAGGAGCUGGGUUGCAGCACGUUAUUAUCUAGUGCAGCACCCGGCUCCUGCCACUGAGCAGGACCCGGUACUUUGCUGUCACCCCUCGGAGGGUAACACCUGGUUGCAGACCACACCCACCUUGUGACGCCAGUGCCUACACCCUCAGGUGUUUCAACAGAUCAUCGACAGGUGGGGUUGCCCCCAGAUCGACAUGAUGGCGUCUCAUCUCAACAAGAUACUUCGCUGCUAUUGCUCGUGAACCAGAGACCCUCAGGCGUGCGCAGUGGAUGCACUGACGUUGCCUUGGCCUUACCAGCUGGUCUACGUAUUUCCUCCGAUUCCAUUGAUCCCAAAGGUACUCGAGGAUCCGGCAUCACGGAGUACAAGCAAUUCUGCUUGCCCCAGAGAGUGUGGUACGUGGAUCUUCUGGGCAUGUCCAUAGUAGACCCUUGGCCUCUGCCAGUAAGAAGGGAUCUUCAGCAGGGUCCGUUCGUGUGCUCGGACUUACGGCGGCUUCGUUUGAUGGCAUGGAAGUUCAGCGGAACAUCCUAGCUCACAAGGGACUUUCCAAAAAGGUCAUUGCCACUAUGGUCCAAGCCAGGAAACCUGUGACGUCAAAACACUAUCAUCAUAUCUGGUGGAGAUAUGUCUCCUGGUGUGAGGAAUGCUUAUACAUUUUCUGCAUUCCACUUGGGAAGAUUCCUUCAUUUCCUGCAGGCUGGAGUGGAUAAAGGCUUACAUCUGGGAUUCAUUAAGUUCCAGAUUUCAGCUCUUUCAAUCUUCUUCUUCCAAAAGAAGUUGGCUAUGUUGCCUGAAGUUCAGACCUUCUUGCAAGGGGUGCUUCACAUACAACCUCCGUUUGUGCCACCUACAGCACCUUGGGAUUUGGAUGUGGUGUUAAGAUUUCUGCAGUCCUCCUGGUUUGAACCUCUGAUGAUGGUGGAAGACAAGUACCUUCUGCUAGGCGUGUCUCGGAAUUGGGGGACUUAUCGUGUAAAAGUCCUUACUUGGUCUUUUACGAGAACAGCGGAGCUCAGGACUAGACAGCAGCUCCUGCCGAAGGUAGUCUCUGUGUUUCACUUGAAUCGAACUAUUGUGAACCCAUCCAGUUCUGGCACGUCUGCCCCUCUGGAGGCAAUGGAUGUGGUGCGAGCCUUGAAGAUCUAUGUCAAGAGGACGGCUCGGAUCAGAAAAACGGAUUCCUUGUUCGUGCUGUAGGAUGCACAGAAAAAGGGUUGCCCUGCUUCUAAGCAGUCCAUUGCUCGUUAGCUUUGGCUUACUAUCCAUCAGGCCUAUGUGUCGGCAGCCUUACCUGCUCCACAGUUUCUGAAGGCCCACUCUACAAGAUCGGUGGGGUCUUCCUGGGCAGCGGCCCGUGGAGUCUCGGCCCUGCAACUCUGCCGAGCGGCUUCCUGGUUGGGGAGGAACAUCUUUGUGAAGUUCUACAAGUUCGAUACCCUGGCCAAAGAGGAUACCCAGUUUGGGCAUGUUCCCGCCCAUUCUGAAAGCUUAGGGACAUCCCCAUCGUACUAAUGUGUCCCCAGUAUCCCUUAUGGAUGCUAGAAAAAAUAGGAUUUUAAAUACCUAUCUGUAAAUCCUUUUCUCAUAGUCCAUAAGGGAUAUUGGGCGCCCUCCUCUGUAUGGUGACUUUUCCUGCAGGUUCUCUGUUAUGUGUUACCUGUUCAGCUGUUGCUGUUUAUGUUGCCAGGUGUUGCUGGCCAGUCUAUGUUAUGGUGUACUGGUGUGUAAAACCGACCACACUUAUUGUUAUGUUCCUUCUCUCACGUAUGUAAUUUCUCCUUCGGGCACUGUUUUACCUAUAACUGCCUGUAGGAGGUAGCAUAGAGGGGAGGAGCCAGCACACGCAGUUGAAGAAAUGUAAAGUGUCCUGGCUCCUUAGGACCCAGUCUAUACCCAUCGUACUAAUGUUUCCCUAAUAUCACUUAUGGACUACGAGAAAAGGAUUUACCGGUAGGUAUUUAAAAUCCUAUUUUACCCUUCACAUAAACAAUAUAACCCACCAAAAUCUAACUCUCUCUGCACAUGUUACAUCUGACCCACCUGCAGUGCACAAGGUUUUGCCCAUUAGAGAAAGAUUUUGAAAACCCCCAUUGCAGAAAUUGUGAAUGCAUCGCAAUAUGCGGGCUAAUCACAAAACCGUAUGCAAUUAUCGGAACAUCGUAGAUUUUUCCUAUCUACGCCAGGCAAGGUCAUACACAAUUCUUGCGAAACAAACGCUGGAAGUGGUCAUCACUGACGUCAGAGGCCCUCCUUAAAAGCGCCUGGGCACGCUUGCAUUUUUUCAGACACAGCCAGAAAACAGGUUUCCGCUCAGAAAUGCCAACUUCCUGUUAGUCAAACAGCAGCUGCGUUGCGCUCACGAUCUGUACAUCAUUUCUGUCACUUUGCUAAUGCAUGCGCAGUCGUUCCAUAAUCGGCCAGAUUGCGAUUAGCAGAUUUUACAAUCCUUACUGAAUAAGGUUCAUAGGCUCCAGCGCUCAUGAAAUUUAGCUCCGCCCUCCUCAAUAUCUACUAGGUCUGAUCUUCUGUCAGAGUAUAAAAUAGUAAUUCCUGGGUAACAUUACUCAAUGUAGGGGUUUGCUUGGAGAUCCAUUUUUGUAAUACAGCCUUUUAAUACAUGCGGCAAACUUUCCUCAGCAAUACUUGAUUAAUAAGCUCCAGUUCCAUAGAAUUUCAUGGAUAUAAACAGUGACAGAUAGCUUUACCUAUCGCAGGCAGUAAGAACGCAGUGUUCAGUUAGUGAAUGGUCAGCCAGCGGUAUGCUGCUACCUCACGCUCACAUUAGUUAUUCUCACCAGCUGUAUCUAUAGCCGUCCUGGAUAUAAAGUCUCCUAUGCUCCAUUGAGCUGCUCGGGUGUAGGGGUGUGUAGCAAGUACUUUGCAAUAUGCAGCGGGAGGGAGGCCGCAGCUCACGUACUCCUGUCUGUCUCCGUGCUGUAUGGUGGCAAUUGGCAAAAGGAGUGCAGUAGAUGAGGGAGGGUGCCGUCUGUCCUUAUCCUUAAUGCGUUUCUCCGCCGUUCCGAUCUGGUGGUUUCUUCUGAAGGAAUGGUAAUAGUGUGCACUCCAGGUAGUCACCUUUUUAAAGGCAUCAGUGUCCAAUCAAAUGUCUCAGUUCAUUAUUAAGGUGAUGCUCACACCUGGAGAAUGUAUUCAAAAGCAACUCACAUGUGGAGGUGAUUAAUAUCCAUUUAAUAUAAAGUAAAUCUUAUUAUAGAAAUAGUAUUAUAAACAUGGCAUCAUUGAGAAAUUGCUAGUUUAAUAAGCAACGUAUAUAAAAAGCAUACUUCUAUAUAUCUUCAUUGUUGAUUCAUAUAGAUAGAUAGAUAUAAUAAUCUUUAACAUUCAGUUCCAGCAACUAAAGUCCUCUAUAUGCUAAAUAGCCUAGUUGGUUAAAACGCUGGUAAUACUGACCAUAGAGGUCCGCAGUCGAUCCCCCUGUGGGGAUUUGGUAAAUAAUUUUUUCUUUCAUCAAAUUAUAUGUUCUUCAUAUCCUCCAUUAUAUAAAUAGCUUAUCUGGUCAAGUAUCAUCAUUUAUUCAAAUCAUUGGUGCAUCAAAUACAAAUGUAAUAUUUCAUGAACACAUUACAGCUAUCUAGUUUGACUUUUUCUUUUUCAACUUUAACAUUAAAUUACAAGAUCAUAAUUCUUCAGUGGGCUAAAUAGCCUAGUGGACUAAAGCGCUAUUACAAUGCGCAGUAAGACCCGGGUUCAAUCCUCCAGCGAUACUCCAACUUUUCUUCAGAAAAUAAAAUUACUCAAUCUUUAAUACUCAUUGGUCAUCUAUUAUUCAUAACUUCCACCACUUUAAGAGCAAAUAUAUAUAUAUAUAUAUAUAUAUAUAUAUGUAAUGUUCCAUAAUAAUCAUUUAUUUUUAUUUAGCUAGCUAUUGAUACCUUAUAUUCCAUACUCAGAGCGAUGGAUGUUAUGGUUUCCAAACAAAUUCUGUGAAAGAGAAAGAAAGGGGGAGGGAAAGGUUUUGAUAUCUGGAUGUCACACAAAUUAGAUGUUGUUCAUCUCAGUUGUGUCAUUGAGACCUACAGGGGACAUGGUAUGUACAGAAAAUAUCCAGAGAGCUUCCCUUUUACAUAGCUGAUUGAAUCUGUUUCCUCCUCUGUCUGUUCUUUCUGUCUGUUCUAUACCCUGCACUGAUAAAACAUUAACACCCCCUUUAUGCUUAAAGUUUACGUGACGUGAUAAGCUAUGUGUUAUUUCCACAUGUAGAACAUUACGUCUGUGUUAAAUGAACCUCAGAUUCAGUGUGCUGGUUCUUCCUAUAUACUGUGCCCCGCAUACACAAGUGAUUAAAUAAACAACUAACGAACUCUGACAUUUGAUGAUGUUUUUGAUCUUAACUAGAGUCAAAUCCAGCGCUUCUGUUCAAAAUGUGGCUACACGUAAUACAUUUGGUCUUACCACAGUUAUAACAUCCUUUAAUGAUAGUACGAGAACUUAUCCAGCUAUUCAUAGUAGCAGGAUUUUUUAAAGAAGUUGAUCCUUUAAAGCAGAGCUGGCCAAACCGGUCCUAGAGGUCUACCAACAGUUCAUGUUUUCCAGGCCUCUCGGAGAUCUGUAGAAUUGUCAGUUAGGAAUGAAUGCAGCACAUCCUAAUUAGUAAUGACUACACCUGUGCACCAGCUAGGUGGUCUGGAAAAUGUGAACUGUUGGUAGAUCUCGAGGACUGGUUUGGCCAGCCCUGCUUUAAAGUGACUUGGAGCCAGUAAAUUCUUAAGAUUACUUGUUUUUUGGAAAAUAAUUCUUAGUUGUUCUUCUAUGCAGUUCACAAGCACAUUAUCAUGUUUUAAUAAAUAUUUUUUUUUUUUAUAAUUCAUUUGAUUGUGUAUUAAAUUUGAGAUAAAAAUAGGGCCUAAGUUUUUGCAUUUUGGAUACAGAAUAAAUUAUUAUGUUUUGUAUUUAGAGCUCAUUUAAUUCUUUUUUCAAAAGGCCUCUUGGAUAGCCCUGUGCAACAAAUGCCUCUGUCAGGUCAUGAACUUGUUGUAUAAAUUGUGUAUCUUUUGAACAAUUAUGCCUGAUUCUUAGGUAUUGGCUCUUUGGAGUGUUCAAUAGCCAGGGUUUGUAACGACAGCUAUUAAAGUUAAGAAACUUACUGGAAUCGACAUAUUUUUUGUGUGUGUAGAUAACCAAACUGUUCCCUUCUACUUGGAGGGCAAUGUCCAAGAAUCUAAUUCUUGUGGGGUGCUUAGUGUUCAUAAAUGUCAAACCAAAAGUGUUGUCAUUUAAAUAAUGAAUAAAUGAUUGUGUGGAAAACCCAUCACCUUCCCAAAUAAAGAACAUGUCAUCAAUGUACCGACCAUAGAUCAUCAGGUUCGCCCCAAAGGGUCCCUCCCAGACGUAAGUCUGUGAAAGGGUCCCAUAUAUAGAUUUGCAAUACUUGGGGUGAAUCUGGUGCCCAUGGCGCUACCAUGCUUCUGUAAAUACAAUUUGGAAUCAAAAGUGAAAAAUAGUUAUGUGUGAAUAUAAAUUGAAUGGAAUAAAGUUACACUGUGCUAAAGUAAAAA